CCUCUUUACAGCCACCACUCACAGUUAGAUAAGGCUAUUAGAUUUGGACGUAGCUAGCGUGGACAAAAAAAACCCAAAUCUCUCUAUAUUCUUUCACCGAUAAGCCUUUAAGCCAUUUCAACUUCUCCUUCUAUAAAUAAUGCAUCAUAGAUUUGAGAGUGUGAGUGAGUUUGAAGAGAAAACGAUGGGUGAUAGAAGAAGAGGGAUCCCGACGACAUGCAGAUGCGGUGAAGCUGUAAGGAUGGGUACAUCGAGGACUGCCAAAAACCCUGGAAGAUUAUUUCACUCUUGUCCUAAUGGAUCAGAUGAGGAUCGAUGGUAUCACACGUUUAAAUGGACUGAUGAGAGUAUGGUUGAAGAGAUUGAGGAUUUGAAGUUAAAAGUGAAGAAUGUGGAAGAAGAUUCAAUCUCAUUACAAAAGAGUUUCAAUGCUUGUGAAUCAGAGGUUGAAACUCUACAAAUGGAAACUCGGGUUUGUGAAGCUGUAGUAGAAAAGGAGUUGCAAGAGUGCAAAAUGGAGCUUCGGAGCUUGAAGAAUAUGAUCGGAUGUGUUGUGGUGAUGAUGUUGGUUUACUUUUUUCUGUUUUGAUUGUGUUUGUAAUAGAAUUGUGGUGAGAGAGAAGCUAAUGUUGUUUGUAGUAAUUGUGUUUGAACCUUAAUGUAUGAGUGUCAAUGCUUAAUGUAUGAGUUUGCUAUUGGUGUUUCAAUGGUUCUAGUUUUUCCUGUUUUUCUAAGCUAAUUAAAGAGAGAUCAUAUAAUGGAUGCUUCUUGUAUUUCUUUCAAACUGUAAUCAAACAGGUCCUUAAAA